AGGGACAUGAAUGAAAUUUUGAAUACAAUAUGACACAAGUGAUAUUUUUGCGAUAGUUCGAAUACUAUUAGUAAAAAACGUAUUAUCCAAACUCUCCCCAACGAUAGAUACACCUUAUCCAUUCCAAGAUGAUCCAAAAGUCCAAACAAUCGUCAUGGUGGAUCGCUCCCCGCCAGAGCCAACAAAGCGAGAAAAACUAAUGCGAGACCAUUACGGCCAAUAUUACCCGCCAUUUCUUCGCCUCCUCGUUCUACAAACAGUUGAAACCCCCAACUGAAAUUUUCUGGGGGAAGAAAAGCCACAAUUCACCAUGUACGAACUAAGGCCAUUUCACCACCAUCCCCGCCCUCCUCCUUCCCACCCAAACCCACAGAACUCCAAACUCAGAACACAUUUCCAUGCUUCUGUUUCCUUAUCCCAGGUUUCCACCACCCUCGAAGUCGCCCCUCAUCCGCCAUUGUUGCAGUCCUCAAGCUUCCAGCUGACGGCCAGCUCGACUGAUGCCAGGAGCGUCGUUCCCAUCAGAGCAAGGCAUGCCCAGAUGAUAAAAUCACCCAAAAACAGCGAUUCCGAGCCAAAGGCCAGAGCUUUGGUCACUUCUUACUUGGAGCUCGGCGAUCGUGGGUCGGCUGUUGUGGGGUUUCUGUUGGGUCUGGAGGGGAAUUACGCUUUAUGGAUUUCUUUCCUGGAAGAAUUUGAGAGCUCGGGAGGCGAUUUGAGGGAAAUCCUUGAGGUUUUCCUUGACUUGAAAUGUAGAGGCGGCGUGGGUUUUGGCAGCAGGGUUGUCACUUUGAUCUUGAAGAUUUGUGCUUCUGUGCAUCAUUCAUGGAUGGGUUUGGGAAUUCAUGCUGGUUUGAUCAAGAUGGGACUGGAUUCAGAUGUUUACAUAAGCUGCGCCUUGCUAGGUUUUUAUAGCAGGUGUUUUGGUGUGGGAAUUGCCAACCAGGUGCUUACUGAAUUGUCUGAACCAGAUGACCGGUUGUGGAACCAGGCAAUCAUCAUGAACUUGGAGGGUGGUGAGUUCAGUCAAGCUCUUGAGCUCUUUAGAGCAAUGCAAUUGGGCCCUUGGAAGACCAGUCCUCGUACAAUUGUGAAGCUGUUGCAAGCAUGUGGGAAAGAAGGAGCUCUGGAUAAAGGGAAGCAGAUUCACGGGUACGUUCUAAAACAUGGAUUGGAAUCCAACUCUUUUGUAUGUAACUCGCUGGUAACAAUGUACUCUAGAAAUCAUAAGCUGAACCUGGCUACUAGAGCUUUUGAUUGGAUGGAAGAUCCCAGCUCAUCUUCUUGGAAUUCGAUUAUUUCUAGUCACGCCUUGCAUGGCCAUUUGAGUGAUGCGUGGAAUCUUUUUCAUGAGAUGGAAUUCUCCGGAACGAAACCAGACACCAUAACUUGGAACUGCCUGUUGUCAGGGCAUGCUCUUCAUGGUUCAUAUGAGGAAAUCCUUACCAUUCUGCGACGCAUGCAAACGGCUGGCUUUAGGCCAGGUUCCAGCUCCAUUACCAUCGUUCUUCAAGCUGUUAUUGAGCUGGGCCUCCUGACUGCUGGUAAAGAAAUUCAUGGAUAUGUGAUGAGAAAUGAGCAUGAGUUCGAUGUUUAUGCGGGAACUUCGUUGGUGGACAUGUAUGUAAAGAAUGACUCUAUGUCCAGUGCACAGGCAGUUUUUGACAAUAUGAAGAACAAAAACAUAUUUGCUUGGAACGCACUGAUAUCAGGCUACUCGUUUCAAGGCCAGUUUCAGGAUGCUGAAAGAUUACUGGCUCAAAUGGAGGAGGAAGGAAUUCAACCUGAUUUAGUCACAUGGAAUGGACUGGUUGCUGGGUAUUCCAUGCAUGGCAAGAAUGACGAAGCUCUGGCUGUGAUUGAUGACAUCAAAAGUUCAGGUUCAAACCCAAACGUGGUUACAUGGACUUCUCUCAUUUCAGGUUCUUCUCAGCAAGGCAACUACAGGAAAUCCUUGAAACAUUUUAUUCAAAUGCAACGAGAAGGGAUUCUGCCCAACUCUGCCACAAUUUCCUGCUUGCUUCGAUCUUUCGCAGGCCUCUCCCUUUUGCAGAAUGGUAAAGAAGCUCACUGCUUCAGCAUUAGAAAUGGUUACACUGACGAUGCCUUCAUAGCUACAGCACUGAUCGACAUGUACAGUAAGUCAGGUGAUAUAAAGAGUGCAUAUGCAGUUUUCAGGAAGACCAAAAACAAAACCGUACCCUGCUGGAAUUGCAUGAUGAUGGGAUUUGCAAACUAUGGUCUUGGGACAGAAGUGAUUUCGCUUUUCAAUGAAAUGCAAGGAUCUGGUCUGCUUCCAGAUGCCAUAUCAUUCACGGCUGUGCUCUCCGGUUGCAAGAACUCGGGUUUAGUCAGCGAGGGAUGGAAGUACUUUGACAGCAUGAGCAAAGCUUUUAGUAUAGAGCCAACAACUGAGCAUUACUCUUGCAUGGUGGAUCUUCUUGGAAGAGCUGGGUAUCUUGAUGAAGCUUGGGACUUUAUCCAAACAAUGCCAUUGAAACCGGAUGCCAGCAUGUGGGGCGCUUUCCUCGGGUCAUGCAGAAUCCACCGGAACCUGGAGUAUGCAGAAAGUGCAGCCAAGCAGCUUUAUGAGUUGGAGCCUCGUAAUUCGGCUAAUUAUGUUGUGAUGAUGAGCUUAUAUGCCAUGUCAAACAGGUGGGGAGACGUUGAUCGUAUAAAAGAUGUCAUGUACAACGAAGGACUGAAACCUGGACCGAUAUGGAGCUGGACACAGAUUGAUGACCGGGCUCAUGUGUUCUAUGCCGGAGGGAAACCCCAUGAAGAUGAAGGGGAGAUCUACUUUGAGCUGUACCAAUUGGUUUCUGAAAUCAAAGAGCUUGGAUAUGUAGCUGAUAAGGCGUGCGUCCAUCAGCAGGUGGACGAUGAUGCUGAAAGGGAGAAGUUGCUUCUGAGUCACACUGAGAAACUGGCCAUAACUUAUGGACUGAUGAAGAGGAGAGGCGGCAGCAGCGCGCCUAUCCGAGUGAUCAAGAACACAAGAACUUGUUCCGACUGCCACACGGCUACGAAGCUCAUUUCCCUUGCGAGAGGCUGUGAGAUUCUCCUCAAAGAUGGCAUACGUUUUCACCAUUUCAAGGCAGGGAAGUGUUCUUGCAACGACUACUGGUAGUAGAAUUCACUACUACUCUCUUUCUCCAUGUUAGGAAUAUACAUGGCCCAGAUAUAUGGAUCUCAUGCUCUUCAGUGAUCAUGUUGGCUCGAGUUCAUAAUCUUAACCAUGAUUCAGUGUCAUGAGGUGAGCAGAAUUAUAUAAUAGUGCAGAAAGUGCAGAUGCAAAAGAAAGAAAUGUAUAUGAUGAUGAAGGCCACAAUUUACAUUUCAAGAGCACAGCAAAGGCCAACCAAAAACAAAAGCACAUGGAGGAAAACAAAAUUAAAGAGGAAGACUCAAAGCCAGCAGAAACAAGGAGGUAAAAGAGCACAUCAAAACCGGCUACACAGAUGGCUUGCAUGUGAGAGACAAUGGAAAGACCAACGAUGACUGCUGUGCUGUCACUACACAACCUACAUUGAUAUGACUGUCCUUACUAGAUUUGUUCUUGACAUCACAACAACACGCGGAGUAGACGAGGAUGAGGAAGACGAGGAUGAGGAUGUUGACGGCCUCAACUAGCUUCCACUCUCGUCGAGGAGCGAGACCGGUCUUGCAGGAGUUGCAGUCGUACCAGAGAAAGAGAGACCAAGGGCAAUGUCGUUGUCCGUGAUAAAAGCAUACAGAAAGGGGCAUUCGCCUCCCUCUACAGGCUUUGGAUGAAUUUCAGACAAGAAGAUUCAGCCCACGGUGAACCAUCCAUUGGCAGAAGCACAAAGAAAACAUUCCUUGAUCACAACUAAUUGGCUGUCUGUUUGGGUAAUCAGAUAGGCCACAUUCCCGCCAGUUUUUGCUGCUGGAAGGAAAGGAAGAGUAAUAAUCCCUUUUCUACCCCUUCCUUGGUAAACAAGAAAAUGAAAAUGGGUUUCCUUCGAUUCGACGGAUGGGCCAAAAACCGUAUUUGCUAAUGGGCUGGAACUAGAAGUGGCCCAAUAAAUUCUGCUAUUACUAUGUUGUAGCUAGCUUGGCAAACAUUUGGCACAAAAGACAAAACAAUAAAGGAAAAGUCAAAAGAGAGCGUGAGCCAAUUCCAUUACCCUCUUCUCCAACUCCAUUCAUUCGAACUCAACAAGGUGAAUUUUAGAAUCAUAGUUCAUAGAGACCAUCCAUUACUUUCUUCAUUCAUAACUAUAGACUUCUUGUACUCCUCUUUCUUCACUUCCCUCCUCUUACUAAACCAUGCGGCCAAUCUACAACUCUAAUCCCUGUGCAUGGUACGUAUGAGUGUUGUUAACCAGUAAAUCGGUAUUUUCAAAACUAUACCGUAACGAUGGUCUGAUCGGAAAAUCCACUUGUUGGAGUCCAACUUUAUAGUAUGUUUACGUGUAUGAUAAACCAUAGUUUAAAUACAAAAUAGUGAAAAUACCCUACCAGUAUCUUUUUCGAAAAAAAAACUUCUAGUACGAUUUCACAAUCCUUACGCACAGACUUUGAAAUCAAAUCAAUCGUUCAAUAGUAUUAGGUAUGUUACAUUUCUAAGACAGUGGUACAUAUAAUGCAAGUUGGAUUCAUCGUAGGCAGAGGUCCCAUUUUUUCAGUUGGAGCAUGUUGGGAACGUGCGAGACAAUGACUAGAUAGCCCUAAUGCGGUGGAAUCCAUUAAUGCAAAACAACACUACACGUUUCUCUUCUUUUGAUCUUGUCACGACCGACAUUUUUGUAUUAUUGCCAUUUGCCACCACCACCAGUGGUUGAAUUAAUUUCUUAUUAGUACACAAUCCAAAGUCCAAACACGUCCUAAGAUUGUUCAUUGACAAGUCCAUUUUAUAGCAUUAUCACGAGUUGGAAAAAGGCCAUUAUAGGUCGAUUAAAAUAUAGAAGUUUGCAUUCGAGAUGUUCGAAUACAAGUGGUUUAAAGUAAGUGUGUCUUUUGGCUUAGUUUACAAUCUGACUAUUUUGGCAAAUAAGUAUUUAACUUUGAGAUUUCAUAUAUGAAUCGUGAACGAAUAGUUAACCGUCGAAACAAACCUAUAUCAUUCAUACAAAUAAAAUAUACAAUCUGAU